CCUGCAACCAAUCAGCUGUUUUGGUAAUGUGUAUUCGCGAUCAAAAUAGAACAUAUAAAAUAUAAAAACAAAACAGAGGAAAACGUAUUGAAAUCAGUCAAUAUACUUGAAAAAUAUUAAUAAAUUCACAUUAAAUUUCUUUAAAAGCCAAACCUUUCAUUUAUCGUGGUCAUCAGUUACAAACAAUUAAAAAAAUGUGUAGCCUACAGGCAGAGGAGAAUCAUUUGGCCUCCAUGGCAGUAGCUCCAUCAACUCAGGAGACAUCAUCAAUAGUGACACUCUUCGACAUAAGUUGGCAGGAUGUUUUGAUACCAAUGGUCACCGAAUUCCUCAGUCUCAAAGACUUAUUUAAUUUGCGUUGCUGUUCGCAAACUGCCAAACGCUUCGUGGAAGCAACAUUUGAGCGUCGCAAAGACAUCAAUCUGGCUGGCAAUAAUAGUCGCAACAUUGAAUUAGCAUUCACUGUCUUGGGAAAGUGCUGCCGUCGCGUUGAGAACCUGUAUUUGGCACGUUGCCAUUGGUUGACAGAUGAAUACCUGCUGCCGAUUUUAGCUGAAAAUACCCGACUGCGUAUAGUAAAUCUAAAUGAGUGUGUCAAUAUAACACCAUUAGCACUCCAACCGAUUAUUAUCGAAUGCAAGGAGCUGCGCAUUUUGAAGCUUUCCAAAUGUCAGUGGUUAACUACGGGCGCCGUUGAUGCGCUGACUUUGCACCACAGCAAUUUGGUUGAGUUUGACAUUUCACACUGCACUGCAAUUGGAGAGCGCUGUUUGAUUAUAUUCUUCCGAAAAUUAAAUAAAUUAAAUGUUUUGUCAUUAGCCAAUACACCAAGUGUUACUGAUCAGGUGCUAAUACAGAUUGCCAAUUACUGCCGGGCACUGGAGCACAUCAAUUUGGUUGGCUGUGCUGCUAUUUCUGACUAUGGUAUACAUGCAAUCGCGACGCAUUGCACUCAGCUACGUUCACUACUUGUGCAACGUUGUCCGCGUGUUACGGAGCGUUCAUUAGCACCGCUACGCAAACGCGCGUACGUCGAUCGACAAAGUCAAUUAGAUAUGUAUUUAAAUGACUUCUACCCCAGUGAUUUUCUCAUUUACUAAUUUGAAAUCUACAUAUUAUUUAUAUACAUUUAACUAUCAGAGGCAAUUAAGACAGCGGAGUUUAUUUAUGCUCUGCUUUUGUGUUUAUUUGCAGCGCUUUAACUAUAGCUUGCCAGCAUCUACAAUCGCUGAUGGUACACCGAUGUCCGAACGUAACAGAGCGGGUGUUGGCGCCACUGCGUGGUCGCAUCUAUAUCGAUCGUCCGCAGCUGGGCUAUAAUGUGCCAGCUUUUCCCGGACAUAUAAAUUGUCUAUAUUUGCAAGUUUAACUCAAAAUGGCUAUUUCACUCUAUUUAAGACUACUAUAUUUUUGUGUGUGAUUCUCUUUAGAAAAUAACUUAUGCUAGCUGUAAUUUUAAACUCUAGUUUAUUUACAAUACCGAUCAAUAUAUGUAUAACUAAAUACAAUUAAAAAAUAGUUGUGCUUAUGCUUUCACAAUAGGUUCUCACAAUAAAUAUAUGAUUGGAUCUGCUUAUUAACGGAACCGCGUACACUUAGCUGAAACUGUAGAAAAGUUAGUUUUUGUAGAGAAAAAUUACAGAUUAGGAGUUAAAAUUGAGUGAC